AUGAAGGGCUGUCUGGAGAGUUCCAAAUGCAACAAAACGGAGAACGUGAACUUCCUUGCGUCUGGAAACACCACCGCCUACGCCAUGACCAAGACCUGCUGCAGCACAGACCUGUGCAACAGCGCCCCCGCAGGGCUCCCUGGGGCUCUGCAGCUGGCCCUGGCCUCUGUCGCCGCAGUGUUCGCCGCUCACGCUCUGGUCUAA